GGGAAAGGAACCGUCCGAACGGUCGUGAAACUAUUCAGCCACCCUUUCCCCGGGGACCACUGGGUCCUCGCGAUCCCUCGGAGCGGGACUGGAGCCGAAAGGUCGGAGUUGAUCCAAGGGUCCACGCCUCAUCCCGGGGCGCCGGAGGGGAUCAGGCUCCCGACUCAGCCGCCGAGCAGGCGGAGCCGGGCGGGGUCCCCCGAGCGCGCUAGCCCGCCACCUGCAGCCUGCGGCCCGGCGGGCGGUCCCCGAGCCCAGGCGCCUCCUUAAAGCCGCGGCCCCGCCUCGCCCCGCCCGCCCCGGUCCCUCCCAACCGCCCGCUGCCGCCUCCUCGGCCAAGGUGCCGCCGCGCCGCGAGCCAAGGAGUAGCGUGCCACCCGCCCCGUCCCGCGCUCGGUCUCGGUGCCCUGAUCCGCCGCCAUGGCCAGCGAGGAGCCGGAGUGCAGGCUGCAACAGGAGAAGGCCAAGGAGGGCGGCCCGGGUGGUCCCCAGCCCAAGCCGUCCACCCGGGCGCCCGCAAGCGGCGCGGACUCGGAGCUAAGCGCGCAGCUGAACCGGCGCCUGGACAUCACCCAGGGCGCGGCACCACCCCGCCGCUGCAGGGUCUUCAACCCCUACACCGAGUUCCCGGAGUUCAGCCGCCGCCUCAUCAAGGACCUGGAGCGCAAGUUCAAACUGUAUGAUGCUGGACGGGAUGGCUACAUUGACCUGAUGGAGCUGAAGCUGAUGAUGGAGAAGCUGGGGGCCCCCCAGACCCACCUGGGCCUGAAGGGCAUGAUCAAGGAAGUGGAUGAGGACUUCGAUGGCAAACUCAGCUUCCGGGAGUUCCUGCUCAUUUUCCAGAAGGCCGCGGCGGGGGACCUGCAGGAGGACAGCGGGCUGAUGGCGCUGGCGAAGCUCUCUGAGGUUGAUGUCGCCCUCGAGGGCGUUCAGGGUGCCAAGAACUUCUUUGAAGCCAAGGUGCAAGCCUUGUCAUCUGCCAGUAAGUUUGAAGCCGAGUUAAAGGCUGAGCAAGACGAGCGGAAGCGAGAGGAGGAGGAGAGGAGGCACCGCCGGGCAGCCUUCCGGGAGCUCAAGGCGGCUUUCAGUACCUAGCCAGGUGACCUUGACCGGCGACCACAGCCGGGCCUCACCGUCGCCCCGGCCGAGCCUCGCACCCACCGUCCAGUGCCCUCUCUAGACAGCCUCGUUGGGAUGUUAGGGGCCGCCCACCCCAGUGGGAGCCGCUCCUGGAGGGUCCUGAGCUGGCCCAUGUGUCUCCACUCCCCUCUUCUGCCUUUGUGUCUCUGUCCUUCUCGAGUAGCCAGAGCUCGCUUGCCUCUUCUUGGCAACCUUUGCUUUUCCCUUGUCCCUUUCCCAUUCCACGUCAAAGGGCAGUGUGUUGUCUGCAUCUGUACAGAUGCUUCUUGCUUUCACGGUCUCCCCGGUAGACAGCACGGUCCGUGGUGGGCUGUGAUUUUAAUGUUUCAUUCUCUUUUGUUUCCCAUCCAGUUUACUGUUCUCCUUCUUGGCCUGAUUUGACUGCUUGCUCUGGCAUCUUCUCUCCUUUCACCAAAGUGGACCACUACCCAUCCCCUGCCAACAAGGGUGACCCUUAAGUGGGAAGAAAAUAGAAAAGGGAUGGGAAGUUCUGUUCCUUCCCCUCCACCUUCCUCCUUUGCCCUCCGCCCUCCCCAGGGGUUGCCCCUCUCCCUCCCCUCUAUUCAUAUUUUCCCAUUUCAGCCUUUUUUCCUCUUUUAAAUACCAUGGUACUUAAUUGUAAGAAUGAAAGAAUAAUUAUAAUAUUAAUGAGUAGAAAUCCUGUUCAGCUCUGACUGUAUGCAAAUUAUAUUACAGUAGACCUCUGACAUUCCCUAGUGACAACUCCCCAAAUUUGUGACCAUCCUCAUCAUUUGGCCACUUUCCAACAUAUGCUCCAAAGUCGUGAGAUGAAGCUGUUCUUAGCCGCACCACAAAUGUUUAUACUUUGGGAUUGCUCAAAAACACCAGGGGUUUACUAUAUUUAAAAAUAUAUAUAUAUAUAUUCCUAAAUGUAAUAUUUAUUACUUCUCUUUUGUAACUGCUGCCUUUGUAAUAUAGAAAACAUCUGCAUUUCUCCUUACAGCUGUUUCUAGUUAAAUAAACUGUGCAAAUGGACUUUGU